CUCCCAUUCAUUUUCAGGUUAUCCCCAUUGCUUGCUUCUCUUUCUCGCUUUUCAACCCCUUCUUUUUUUAUAUUUGUUUUCCUUCUCUUCUCUUCCUUCUCUUAUCCCUUUAACCACCUCUCAUUAUUUUCCCUUUCUUUCCCUUUUUUUUCACUCUUUUUUUUUCUUUUUUCGUAUAAAUAUAAUGGAUAGCAAAUAUAUUGGAUUGAUCUUAGCAAUAUGCUCAAGUCUAUUAAUCGGUACUUCGUUUGUCAUUACGAAAAAAGGGUUACAACAAUCCUCAUCUGCAUCCCAAGCAUUUGCAUCAGAUUCACACCGGUAUUUACGGAGUCCAAUAUGGUGGAUCGGUCUGAUCACCAUGGUAAGUGGUGAGGUAUUGAAUUUCAUAGGAUACACAUUUGCACCUGCCAUUUUGAUAACACCAUUGGGCGCACUAAGUGUAAUCAUUGGUGCGAUCCUGGCGACUCUGUUUCUGAAGGAGAAGCUUGGACCCAUCGGCAUCAUCGGAUGUUUGCUAUCACUUAUAGGAGCAGUGAUUAUCGUAUUGCAUGCACCCGAGGAUCCAGAAGUGGCCAGUGUGGAAGAACUUGUCAACUAUAUGCUUCAGCCAGGCUUCAUUGUGUACUUUGUUCUUGUCAUCCUCAUUACGGCGGGCAUGAUCUGGAAGGUGGUUCCCCGGUGGGGAAAAUCCAAAGUAAUAGUCUACGUGACAAUCUGUUCAUUGAUUGGAUCGCUGUCGGUCAUGACGAUCAAGGCGUUUGGGAUCGCUGUGCGUCUGACAGCAGAAGGAAACAAUCAGUUUAAACAGCCAUCCACCUAUGUGUUUGGAUUCAUGUGUAUCGUUUUCAUCAUCACCCAAGUGAACUAUUUCAACAAAGCGUUGGAUACUUUUUCAACAAACGUAGUCAAUCCCAUCUACUUUGUUUUCUUUACGACCGCAACCAUCGUUGCAUCAGCGAUUAUGUAUAGAGGCUGGCACACGGCUGGCGCAGUCAACACCGUCAGUCUGAUAUGUGGCUUUAUUAUUAUCUUUACUGGUGUCUAUCUCCUCGACUCGAUCGCACGCAAAGCCAAAGGAAGCGCGCCAAUGCCGCCGGUUGCCUCGGCUUCUUCGCUACACCGCUAUGAUUCAAAGUCAAACCUCAGUCAGCGUACAGCAUCGGCAGUGAUGAUGGAGACAGAAACAAAGCGUGCCAUUUUUAUUAAUAGCAAGAUGGAUUGUCGAUUCCACGAGACGAGUAGUAGUAGCAGUCAUAACAACAAUCAUAACAAUACGAGUGAGUCGCGUGUGUCAUGUAGGAGGAUGCAUCGUGCACUCUCGGUCUAAGACCAAAAUUUGCAUGUCACAAAUAGUCCCAUUAUAUAAAAGUUUCUGCAUAUUCCCUCUUUUUUUUUUCUUCCCCUUCU